UCGUCAAAGUAAAGCUGCAUAGGAAUUAGAUUUUACCGAGACAGCGAGAGGGGGAGUCUGAGAGAGGACUGUGUUUGGCUAUAAUUGUUCCAAGCACUUUCUAUUCUUAGUUUGAUUUUCGAGUCAGUUUCCUCUCUCUCUCUCUCUCUCUCUCUCUCUGAAACCAAUUGGACUCAGACCAGUGGAGUUUGAAUUAGGGUUUAUGGGGGAAGGAAAAGACCACUUUUCAGCUUAAAUUUUCUUGGUUUGUCUCGCAUUUUUACUCGUGUCAUCGCACUUCGUCGGAUCUCUUCAAUCGUGUCUUCCGAUGUAAGUGAUUCUAUAUUCUUUGCCUUCUCAAUUCCCUCGCAGCCUAAACUCUCUUCUUCAAUUCCAACUGUUUUAACUUUGAGUCUGGUUUGCAAAUUUAAACUCCGAAAGUUUUACAUGCACGGACCCAUUUAGGUAUUGGUUUGUGAUACGGGUUUUUUUGGGUGUCCAUUUGUCAUCUAUGUUUUGUAUUCGUAAGAUAUGAUCUUUUAGGAAAAUUUGGGUUAGGGUCAGCGUUUUUUAGGGUUUUGUAGAUAUGAUCAAACAGAUAUUCGGUAAACUACCUCGAAAACCCUCAAAAUCAUCCCCUAAUGACUCGAACAAUGUCAAUGAUGGAGCGGUCAAUGCCCAUUCUUCCUUGAACUCGUUUGCUGUAUCAAAUUCCGUUUAUAGCUCGAAAACCACUUCGAAAUCUUCGAAAAAUGGGACUCCUGCUCCUCACCCAUCCAGUAUGACUAAAUCGAAUCAAGGAAAAAAAUCGGCUCCAAUUGCGGCUGAUGCUGCUCCGGUGGUUUAUGAGCUUUUGCCAAGUUUUCGAGAUGUCUCGGGUUCAGAGAAGCAGUCUCUCUUUAUUAGGAAACUGAAUAUGUGUUGUGUUGUGUUCGAUUUCAAUGAUUCUGCAAAGAACCUUAAAGAGAAGGAUGUUAAGAGGCAAACUUUGCUUGAGCUUGUUGAUUAUGUUACAUCAGUAACUUCAAAGUUCAAUGAGGUGGCAAUGCAAGCAAUUACGAAGAUGGUUGCUGCCAAUUUGUUUCGAACAUUUCCAUCUCCAAAUCAGGAUAGCAAGGUCCCAGAAAUGUACGACCCAGAAGAGGAGGAACCGACCAUGGAACCUGCUUGGCCUCAUCUUCAGAUUGUGUGCGAAUUUUUAUUGAGAUUUGUGGCGUCACCGGAGACAGAUGCCAAGCUUGCUAAAAGAUAUAUUGAUCAUUCAUUUGUGUUGAGAUUGCUUGAGUUGUUUGAUUCUGAGGAUCAGAGAGAGAGGGAUUACUUAAAAACAAUUCUCCACCGCGUUUAUGGUAAGUUCAUGGUGCAUCGGCCAUUCAUUAGGAAAGCUAUCAAUAAUAUCUUCUAUCGGUUCAUCUUUGAGACAGAGAAGCACAAUGGGAUUGCGGAGUUGCUUGAAAUAUUGGGCAGUAUAAUUAAUGGGUUUGCUUUACCUUUGAAGGAGGAGCACAAGCUGUUCCUUGUCCGUGCUUUGAUUCCCCUUCAUAAGCCAAAGUGUGUAUCUAUGUACCACCAGCAACUGUCAUAUUGCAUUACUCAGUUUGUGGAAAAGGAUGCCAAGCUGGCUGACACUGUGAUUCGAGGUCUUUUAAAGUAUUGGCCCAUAACUAAUAGUUCAAAGGAGGUUAUGUUCCUUGGUGAAUUGGAGGAAGUUCUUGAAGUCACACAGGGAGCAGAGUUUCAGCGCUGCAUGGUCCCUCUAUUCCGUCAAAUUGGUCGCUGCCUCAACAGUUCGCAUUUUCAGGUCGCUGAACGUGCAUUGUUUUUGUGGAACAAUGAUCACAUUAGAAAUCUAAUCACACAGAACCGUAACGUGAUUCUGCCUAUAAUUUUCCCCUCUUUGGAGAGAAAUACGCGCAGUCACUGGAACCAAGCUGUUCAGAGUUUAACAUUAAAUGUGAGGAAAAUAUUUUCAGAUGCUGAUGAAGCACUCUUUCAUGAGUGCUUGGCGAAAUUUGAAGAAGAUGAAGUCAAGGAGAGGGAGACACAGGAGAAACGGGAAUCAACCUGGAAGCGGUUGGAAGAUGUGGCAGCCUCUAAGGCCGUAAGUAAUGAGGCUGUGCUUGUCUCAAGAUUUAUCUCUUCUGUCGACAUUGCUACCACCACAAAGCCUCGAGCUAGUGCAAGUAGUUGAGUCUGUUGAGAGUGUCGAGACCCGGGACAUCAUGUUACAAGGAGAGCUUACCUAUGUCAGCUAUGAGAAUGAGAGCUGGUGGAACCCUAUUGGCACAAUCUAGAGAUUGUUUGGCAUCACUUUUAUUGGGUUUCUCCUUGUAGUGCAACUGCUGAAAAGGAAAAACAAAGGUUGGGUUCUUGGCUCAUUCUUUUCUUCCUUUUCAGCCAUGUGGAGGUAUCUGUAUCAUAAGGGAUUUGGUUUAAAGAGGUUAGCUCGAAUUCCUAUCUGAUCAAUAUUUUAUCGUGUAAUGAUGCGAAAGACAUUUCCUAUUGUGCUAUAGCCUUCGUUUAUUUUGUAGCCUUUUCAGAGUUAUGUUCAUGUCAAACGUAUAUAUCAUCUUUCUUCCAAAAAUUUUUAAUGUACUCUACUAUGUUUAGGUCAACAAA